GGUUGGGCCUCGAACGUAACGGAAGAAGAUUACAGAUUACUGCACAUACAGUCCAACCACUUCCACCUGUUAUAAUUUCGUCUUCUUCCUCCCUUCUUCUUUCAACUUCAUCUUCACAACCCCACUUUGAAUUCGAUCACAACUGCAACUCCCAGAGCCUCACCGGCUUCAAUGGCUGCCUGUAGCUUUGGGGCUUCAAGUUUGAGAAUUCACAAGGGUCCUGCUAUUAUCGAAUCAACUAAUUCACAAAAGAAUUCGCAUGUUGUAAGGCUCUCAAAUUCGCCGAAGUUUGAUGGUUUAGUGUUAUCACAACGUUCAAGGAAGGCAUUCAAUCGGUGUCUUUGUUUGCCUACCAAGAACGCCCAAUCUGAUACAGACUUAGAAGCUUGUUCAAAGGUGGAAAAAUCAUCCGAAUCAACAAGUCAACUCACUCCAAAUGCUUCACAUGUGGAGUCUCUUCUAACACGAAUCUGUGAUACAACCUCAAUUGCAGAGUUUGAACUGAAACUUGGUGGAUUCCGGUUAUAUGUACUGAGGGACUUGACCGGAAAAAGUUUGAUUCCUCCACCACCACCUCCGGUCAACGGUGUAACUGUGGAGUCAACUGAACAAAAUGGGUCAUCAUCAUCAUCAUCAUCAUCAUCAUCAUCAUCCUCUCUAGCCAUUACUAAAGCUGCACCUAGUUCUGGUGGGAUUCAGAGUUUUCUUGAUACAGCUGCAGAUGAUGGAUUGAUUAUAAUUCAGUCUCCCAGGGUUGGGUACUUCAAAAGAUCACGCACCAUUAAGGGGAAGCGAGCACCUCCAUCAUGCAAAGAGAAGCAAAUCGUAAAGGAAGGGCAAGUUAUUUGUUAUGUCGAGCAGCUUGGUGGAGAGCUUCCCAUUGAGUCUGAUGUAGGUGGAGAAGUUAUUAAGAUACUUCGUGAUGAUGGUGAACCCGUGGGAUAUGGUGAUGCUUUGAUUGCAAUCCUUCCUUCAUUUCCUGGAAUCAAGAAGCUUCAGUAGGUGUGGUGUGGUGUGUCACUCUGUUUUUUCUUCAUUUGUUGAGAUUGGAUGAUUGAAGUACUCAUACAUGCAUAUAAUUAAAUCCAUCAAAAAAGCAAGAGAAUCUUUGAACUACCAUUUUUAGGAAGAAUAUUUUUUUUUUUUUUUUAAAAUAUAUAUUUAUGGCCUGUAUGACUGAGCUCACAUCUAAUAAAGGUGUA